CUUCGUCGGCCAUUUGCUUUCAUUCUAUCAAGCGUUUGGAUGGUCGCUUCUGUUGUAGCGUCGCUUCGUGUAACUUAAUUUGAGAACAUAACACAUUUGAAUCUUGUGCUUGAUACUUCUAUAGCUGUAACUCCGGCUGAUCUUUAUCAAAAAUAAUGGCUAACCGAAGACCGCAGAUUGGUGGUAACCGCCGUAUGGACUUCAACCGCAAUGAUCGUAACAAGAACUUUGUUCGCGGAGGCGUCUCUCCGUGGCAGGGUGGCGGCCCCGGCGGCGGUUUGCCGAACCUCCUGCCCUUGGCCGGGGGCUCCACUGAGGCCACCUUGGCCUUAGCCAGCAACAUCAUCAACCUCCUGCAACCACGCCAAAAUCCUGUCCCUUCCCUUCUCGAUAUGCCCAUAAGAAGAGAUUUCGGUCCCAAUAUGGGUCGGUUUGACCGUCCUUAUGGACCUAAUAGGAUGGGCAAUCAGGGUAAUUUCCGGCGUACGGGAAAUUACAAUCGUGCUGGUGAGCGUAUCAACACCAAUCGUAAACCAUUCAGGCCCAAUGAUGGGCAAAGGCAACAAAACAGGAGCUCCCCGAAAAAGGAUGCCGAUUCUAAGGCUAAGCCUGUCAAAGAGAGUGAACAAGAAGAGAAGAAUGGAGAGCAAGAGCCAAUGGAGCAGUCUGAUGUGAAAGAAGAGGAAAAGGAGAAAGACAAGAAGGAUGUGCCGAAGACACGUUACGAUGACAUCAAUCCGCAGCUGCUGAAAUGCCACAUCUGCAAUAAGAGCAUGUGGGACGGGCGCUCGUUCGAGAACCAUUUAAGUGGCCGAGCUCAUGCCAUCAUGAUGCAGAAGACUGCUGAGAGCUAUGCUCUCACUGCUGACACCAUGCGUCAGGAAUUUAAGAUUCGCGAGAUGAAACGCUCCCGCAAAUCCGGUAUACAACCGGCCCGCGAUUUCUACUGCGCUAUGUGCGAUAUGUACGCGGCCGAUGGCGCAGGCCAUCGUACUAACGUCGGCCAUCGCAAACUCAAGAAAUACCUCCAUCCCACCUGCACUUCCUGCCAUAUGGAGAUGCCCAAUAGAAUUGAGUUGGACGAGCAUAGACUCACCCCGGAGCAUCUUCGGAAUCUGCAGGACAAGCAGGGCACCAUAUCCAAGCCUAAACCUGAAGGCUCACCCUGGACUGACAGCAAUCGGACUCCGGAUGGUCGCAGAAUCUACAGGGCAAACAGGGCAGGCGUCAAGUCUAAAUCUGAAGUGAUGUUGAUAUCGACUCUGUCGAUGGAGCAGUCGUACUUGCGCGACGACCGCCACCGCUGGCGCCACGGAGAUCACCACGAGGAUCGGCGCAAUCGAGACAAUGAACAUCCUAAGAAUGAGACUGAAGUCAAGAAAGAGCCGGAGGGAGAAGAAGGGGAAGAACCUAAGGAAGGCGAGGCGGAAGUUAAGCAGGAAGAGACCUUGGACUCUGAGAACACCGUGCUCGACUACAAGGAGGGAGACGAUCUCUCCCAUGUAACCAGGGAUAUGUAUCCUGCUUACAGCACGGAACGCGGAGUCGGCGAAUCUUUCCUCACCGAGUUCAAGUGCAUACAAUGCAAACUGUGCCGCAAGUUGUUGGACGGGCCGGAGACUGCUGCCGUCCACCUGAAGACCUGGAGACACCACCAGCUGUUUCUGCGCCUGUUAGCCGACAAGUCCAAACCUGCACAGCAGGAACAAGCUCAAGACGCUGGUAAGCGUUCAGCUGCCAAUGAGGAAGAAGAUGGCAACUGGAAGAGACGCAAGACCUCUGACAACGAUCACGGUGAAGAGGCCCAUGAUGAAGAGAAUGGACACGAUGAUGCUUCUAUAAAAGAGCCUCAGAGCGAGCAAGAUGUCGAAGGUGACGUAGAGAUGCCCAACGCCGACGACUUGGAAGAUUGGGAACAAACUGUCGACGAAGUGCUGGAGGACGAACGGAACAAUGACAAUGCCGCCAACGAAGAAGCACAGGCCGAGGCUGAACCCGAACCUGAACCCGAGCCGGAGCCCGAACCGGAACCGGAGCCCCCAGUGGAAAGGAAACAAGCGUCCCCUCCCCCCACCCCCUCCCGCGCCCGCGGCAGCCCCCGCGCCCGCGCCAGGGGCAGGGGCCGCCCCCGGGGACGGUACUAAUUGAUCGGGUGACUGUAUGCAUCAAGACCCACCUGCAGCUAAUUUGCUAAAUCUCGAUUCAACUAAAACUAGAUUCGACCCAUUGAAAAUUGUUGAAAUAUCAAUGCAACGAUAAAUAUCCUAGAUACAACAUCACGAACAAAAUCGUGGGCGAAACCUGUCUAAAAGGUACAUUGGACGAUCCACGGAGCGAACGGAGCGAUUUGAAUAUCACAAAUAUUUUCUAUUAAAUUAGUUUAUAGUGACUAUUACAACAAAAUUUACUUCAAAUGCGUUAAAUUCACAAACAUUGAUUAGAUACCUGUUGAAAAAGCGACACUUUACGUACUAUUAGUAUUUUUUUCGCAUUUUUUCACGAAGCUCUGCGACAUGUUGAAUUUUCAUCGAUCUGCGCGUGACUGUGAACCAAGAACUGUGCUUGAGUGGAACAUAUUUUGAGCGCACGUGGUGUAUCUAGGGUAUUUAAUAUCGUUGCGUCAAUGUCAAUUUGACAUAAUUUUAUGAGCUAAAUCCAGUUUUAGUUAAAUUAAGAUUUACCAAAUUUUUCCUGCAAGUGGAUCUCAUGGCCGAAAUACACAUGUCCAUGUAGCUGACACACUUGCAUGUAAGCUACUUGCAAACAACUUUAUACAUACCGUUAACAAGCAUGCAAGCUACUGCUCCGUUUUACGGGCAUGUGUAUUUAUCCCAUAACUCAUUUCAGCUAUUCACUAGUCUAUUUGUUUGAUAUUUGUCAUUUUGACAGCAGAUUAUCCCAUAGAGGUAUAAGCAUAGAGUGGAGAAGACGGCUCUAAAAGUGUCCGGCUAGUAGAAAGAGAAAGAAGAUGAAAGACCGCUAGCUAUCACUCUCUCUUGUAACGCAUGCGCAGUCGUCUGUCUAAUAGUUGGUCCAAGCAACACAUCGAAAUAGUAAGAUGCUUACGGUUGCCAAUGCGCAUGCGCGAUUAGAGAGGGAAAGUUAGCGGUCUCUCAUCUUCUUUCUCUUUCUAUUAGAGGGACACUUUCACUUGUAGUAGAGUCUAUAUCUCCCCUACUCUAUUCUUAUACCUCAAUGGAUUAUCCUCAUCAAUUACAGUCUAUAGACAGUAAAAAAGAGGAACAGUACCCUUAGCACGAACCAAUAUCAAAUUCAAAUAGUUUGCGACUGAUUUUUAGUUCUCAUUACGUCUCAUAUGGCGCAGCUGUUCGAGUUUCCAUACAAAAUUUGACUAUGACAUUUCGCACUCGCACACUAUUCGAAUUCGAUAUUGGUUCAUGCUAAGGGUACUGUUGUCAAGUUUACAAAUAGCAAACCCGAGUAGUCAAGUUAAGUGCCCGCAUAAGUAUUUAGGCCCACUUGCAACAAUUUUGUUAAAUCUCAAUUCAAAUACUACUAGAUUAAAUAAUAGGAAUGUCCAACUGACAUUGACAUAGAAAGAGUCAAUGUUAGUUGGACAUUCCUAUAUAGACUAAAUUCAGACUUGGUUAAAUAGAGAUUUAGCAAAAUUGAUUUAAGUAGACUUUAAAUGUUAGACAAAAUUACCUCACAAAACUGGUAAUUUUGAAAUGUUCAAACUAGCGCCGAAUGUUAAAAUUGCGAUUAAUGCUAAGCGUCAGCUGACACCAAAACCCGGCAUGACGCAAAGCUGCGCGCACAUUUUAAAUGUUAUUUACUACACGAAAGGAUACACAUUUCAUUGUUUCAAUUUAGAAUACGUUCGCCUUUCGGUGUGUGCUGACGCUAAAUUGUGGUAUCAAUAUUCCAUAUUAAAAACAGCCUUCCAAUACGUUUUUUUUUAUUAUUAUAGAUAGGUCCUACAAAGGACUCCACCCCACCUGAUGUUAAGUGACGGUGAAGUCAAGAUACGACGAUAGCUGAUACAGUAGUUCUACCUGAAUUCACAUACAGUUGUUUUUAUAAGUAUGACAUAUAAAAAUAAGAGAUUCGAUUAAAACUACAUUCACUAUAAUUAGUAUUUGUACUUGUAAUACUUUUAUAAUUUAAGUACAUUGAAAGUGGAUGAAUCAAGCUUAAAAUUAGUAAUAAAAAAAUUGAUAAUGAUUAUUAAUAUUAUCCUUUAUUCUGUAUUUUAAUGUCUAGUGUGUAGGUAUUCUUUACUUAUUUCAUUUUGAUUAAUUCCUUACUGUGAUUUCAACGGAGUAAUUUAAAAUUAUAACGGCAAUAUUUGAGAUAGCACUGGACAUGUUUAUCCUGAAAAGCAAAAUAAAGAGAAAAACUUGGUGCUUCUUAUACUUCAACGAACUAUUGGCCACGCUACAGCUGUCGCACUCACACACUUAUCUGCCCAUACUUUCACGCGUUCAACGUCCAAUUCAUUCUCUAUGUUAUUCUGAAUAUUAUGACAAACAUUACUAACAAACAAGACUAUGUCUUUAUAUGCAUUCAUAAUGAAAACUUGAUUCGACAGUUUAAUUUCAUUACACAUACUUAACACUUGAUAUGUAUCAUUAUUUUGUUUAGAUUAGAUUUAACCUAGAAAAAAUAAAUGAAAAUGUAUUUAAAAAAAAUCAGAGAAAAAAAUCUUAGAUAAGAAAUAAAUGUAAGAAAUAUUAUUAUUGAUUACUUAGGCAGUAGGACAAUAUACUUUCACAACUUUGAUUAUGUGGUAUAUGUUCUUUAGUAUAUUUAAACCUUAUAGAUUGUAAUUUAACAUUCUUAUUAUUUUACUUGACCCAUGUUUGUAAUAUUGGAAUCCAAAAGGGAUUUUUGUGAUCUAUUCUCUGGUUCCAGAAUGCUGACUUUAUUUUCCUGAUAUAGAGAGUAAUAUUAUCGAAGAGUCUCUUGGUUUUUCUUCUAAUCAUUCACAAAAGAAAUUUGAAUACACCAUUUGACUUCAAAUUAUAUAGAAUAGGGUUUGCAAAAUUACUUUAGUGUAGGUGAUGAAGAUUAGCAAUACUGAGGGUCAAGGAAAACAAAUGCAGAGAUAAACAGGAUCAGGAUAGAUAACGUAAAGACACACAAUAUACAAUAAGAAAAGUUCUAUGUGAAUCAAAUAACAAUACUGAACUAGUAGUUACAAGCCCUUUUCUUGCGCACGCAGUAUCGCAAAUUUCCAAGAAUUCCCACUUCGACUCUGCAUUGGUGUCUUAACCCUCGUAGGUACUUUAUACUCGUCUUAAUAUUUCUGGGUAGCAUAUACCCUUACGAUAUUGUUUUGAUUAGUUUAUAAUACUUCAUUAUCUCGUAUAGUGAAAUAAAUGAUUUGGUCAAUUAAAA